UAAGCACAUCAAAUGCAGUCAAACUAGUUUGCAGAGUGGCUUUAGCUUGGAGAGGGAAAUACUUUGCACGGGCUAUUGUGUAUUCUGUUGUUGUUUGUGUCAGUUUCCUACAGUCUGGCCAUUGAGUGAAGUAGCGGGGGUGGGGGCCCUGGAGCAGUGCAGGAUGGUCCUACAGGCUGUAGGGAAGGCACUGAGAUACAAGAAAAGAAUUGCCGCUUACAGGAUGUUUUUAGUUUUCCAGACCAUUCUCUGUAAACUCUGGAGACUUGUGCAUGAAAAGCUCAGGAGGAAGACUGCAAAGUCAAAGCCAGAUGAUAAACUGCCUUUGCCUGAGGAGAAGAAACUGUAUCUGGAUGCAGAGUAUACAUCGGCCCGAGUGUCUGAUGCUGAUUUGCCCAUGCUGGUUUCUUUGCCCAGAGAGAUUGAUCAGAAUGAGUGGUUGGCAAAUAACACGACGACAUUUUUCAAUCACAUAAACCUCCAGUACAGUGCAAUCUCUGAGUUCUGCACAGCAGAGACCUGCCCAGUGAUGAAUGCGUGUAAUACUCAGUACUUCUGGACAGAUGAGCGGGGGAAGAAAAUAAAAUGUACUGCACCACAGUAUAUUGAUCUAGUGAUGACCCACAUCCAAAAACUACUGACUGAUGAGGAAAUCUUUCCUACCAAGUAUGGUAAAGAGUUCCCGAGUACUUUCGAAUCGCUCAUCCAGAAGAUCUGUCGCUACCUCUUCCAUGUUCUUGCUCACAUCUACUGUGCCCACUUCAAGGAGGUGGUGGCCCUCGAACUGCACCCACACCUCAAUACUUUGUACAUGCACUUUCUGAUCUUUGUCAGGGAGUUCAAUCUCGUUGACCCCAAGGAAACAGCCGUGAUGAGGGACUUAACAGAUGUUCUCCUCAGUGGUGCACCACAGCCCCAGAACCACGUCAACCACAGAUGAGCUGACAACCAAUGCACACAGCGGAUGUUAGAAAUAUUUUCUUUAGUGGAAAGAAUAAUAACUUCAAAGAUCAUGUUGCCCGUGGCAACGCUGAAGUAAUAUAUGACCAACAAAUAGUAAAUCCAAGUGGCCCAAAAUGGUGACCAUGUUGAACCCACCCAGCUGAUCUGCAGAUAUCCUUUAUAAUGGCCUUGCUCAAUGCUACCAUUGUUGAAUAUUAAAUUCUAUAUAGAUUAACUCUAUAUAAUUUGACCCAUCUAAUGUGUAUCACUCCACCCAUUUAACUAACCCAAUGAGUAAGUGCAGUGAUUUGCCUUGCCCCUGCAGAAGAUUGCCAUAACUGGCUAGUGGCCAGUUAUGACUGUCAGCACUCAUGAGCUAACUCAUGUCGUUCACUGCCACUGCUGAAGUUCUAGGUUUUUCUACUGGAUCUUUCAUUCCCAGAGCAAGGCAUGAAAUAUGCAAAUCCUCAAACAGAGCAUUGUGAUUGGUGAGAUCUUUGGGUUAUGGGAUGGAAUGGAUCUAAAGACUUUCAUAGUACCUGUGUAGAGUUUUGUUUUUAGUUGUGAGGAGGUCCUGAGGUACAUUUGGAACUGAGCUGGAGACAGCUUUUGCUGCUAUUCUUGUCCCUUCUCUUUCCUCUUCUAUGCUUCUUGGUGCCAUCAUGUGAGCGCAUGAGGAUGAUCUACAUUUAAUGAUCCUUAUGGAUCAGAAGAUUCCUUAAUGCCAUACUUCCUUCAUUUUCUGCAUGAAAUCUCUGUGAGCUCCGCAAGUCCAGAAGUGGCAUUUGUGUCAUAUGGCCUCUCAAAAAUAAGCUUAUCUGCAGCCUUGAAAUAUAUUUGAAUUUCCUUUUGAGUGAGGUUAAAAACAACCCAUUUCUCUUGUGGACAGGCUCUCUGAGGUUUGCUUAGUUGCAGAGUAUAGAUCCCUCUCAACAGCAUGCCCCAGCCUUGGUAUCAGAUAACUGUGUGAUGCUGCUAGGAUGUGGCAUUUUACCAUUUCCCACUCACCUGCCUCCUUGAGCGAGAUUUCCAAGUGCUGCCCAUUACUGUUGGUGGGUACCACGGGCCAUGUUCAUGGGUCAUGAUUAAGACUGCUGAAAGUUCUUUUAUUUUUGUAUUAAUGUACUACACUACUGACCUGGGAGAGGUGCGACAGGUAAAAAUAUCACUGAUGACAAAGGAAUCGCGUGUGUGUAUGUGCGUGUGCACGCGUGUGUGUAUAUGUGUGAUUCGCCUCCCACUUGUGCCUCUGGGUUUACAACGUGUUUGUAUGAAUUUUUGCUGCUUUAUCCUUGCAUGACUUGGAAUCAAAUAGCACGAUGGGAUGUUAAAAACAGCAUUGGCAGUAAAGGUACAAGCCCUCCAUUAUCUGGCUGUAUCUAGGUGUUUUGGUUUAGGAGGUGGUCUGGAGCUGGUUAAUAGGGAAAAUGGUUUAGAAGCUGUUGAGCUAAAUUUCAAGAACUUUUUCUUGUUGGUUGUGAAUGUCGUCAUCACCCAUUUGGAUUCUGAGUGCCAGCGUAAUUGAAGCCAAUGGAACCAUGGUCAGUGAGUGAUCCUCUGUGGUCACUGAGUUGAGAAACAAUGCAUAGUUGCUCUGCCACUUCAUGCAGUAUUUUUCUGAGAACGCAUUCUGAAGACUUUUAAACCAGUGGGAAAAUCUGUGUCAUCCAUUAAUGAGUUUCCUCUUCAUCAUUUGUGUAUUUCUUUGUGAUCAGAGCAUAUAAAGUACCGUUCUUUGCUUUUUCAACUCUCUUUAACAUGGCCUUUCUGUGAACUAGGUAGGCCAAUCCCACUGUUGCAACAUUGAAAAGAAACUUGUGACAUCGGUUCAAACAUUGCAAAGACUGUCUGUCCCCUCAUCCUUCAGUUGUGAGAUAGAUCAUGCCUUCUGGCUGUACUAAAGGCCUGUUGUUCGUCUGAUUUCUUGUUCAGAUGCCUGUCCUGAAAGCUUUUCUGUUUUCAAUAGCUGCGAUUAAGAGUCUUCUUCAUAUUACAUUGGUAGAAUUUACACUCUGGGAAAGAAGGGGGUCCAGAAAUGAGCAGUUUCCCUGUUCAAAGCAAAUCAACUUUUAUUUUAGUUUGGUUUUUUGGAGCUUUGGUCACGGCUUGAGUCUCAAUCUGUAUGGAGUGAAGGACAUUGGAAAGUGCCUGCCUGAUGAACAGGACAGUUAGGGUGUUCACCACUGCACACACCUGUCAGAGUGGCUGGUGUUUGGUAGGUUUAUGAAGUGAUGUGUUUGUUUUCCACAGGUUUUGAUGACCAGAGCAGUGGAAUGGAUAUCACUAUAUUUGUUCAUUUUUAUCAGCCUUAUCCAUGAUAAGGCUCUGUUUAGGGUUACAAUAAAAUAUUUAAAAGAUAGCAACAGCAGCUAAAAGAUCGCCAUUGAUUUUUUUUUUCUUUUCCUGUCAAGCGUGAAUUCUAUUUAUUUUGCCAUGCUUUUUUUCUGUUUCCAUUGGAAUGGAACACAGACUGGACAAUCACUUUACAGGGAGUGACCGGCUGGAGGUCAGAGAAUCCAGUGGUGUUUCACUUCUGUGUGGUAUCAAAAGUACACCAUGAUAGUCAUAAUCAGAGUUUGAAUGAGUUGUGAUUUGGUAUGUUUAGACUACAGGAGUAUAGCUGAUGAGCAGAUUACACUUGCUUUCUGUAGUUUUUUAAGCAAAGCUAGAUUCCAGGACCUAGAUUCUAGUGGUUGUGGGUCUGCUGUGCAGUGCAUGUAUACUGCAUGCUGAUGAGACUGUCUCAGGGGAAAUAUAAGUAAGCAGUUUGCAUGAGCUCCCUCUCCUAAAAUGGGAGGAAAUCUAAAGAGAGAAAUUUGGAGAGGGAAGGAACCAUCUGCUUCUGCGUAGAAAUUUUGCAGCUUAAGUAGCUACAACUCCAUGUUUUAUUUAGAGAAAUUAAGAUGAGACUAUUUACAUGUCAAUUGUAGAUGCAGUAACUACAGAACUGGAGACAGGAUUGCAAACCAAAACCAUGCGUCUCGACUAAAUUCAUGAGAACCACCAGAAUGAUUGAGUUAUGCUGUCUGACGUCAUGUUUUUUUUGGUUGCAGUGACUGAUAGCUCCCUUCUGGUUCCCACUGUACAUUAUUUUAAGAAGUGCAGGACUUGCAUGUUAACCUGAUUCAUUUUUAUUUGUGUCUUGCUGUGAGACCACUUGGAAGUGUCUCACGUGGCCAGGUAACAAGAUUGACAACCAGGUGGAACAGUGCUGAUGUAACCUUGAGUGGUAGUGAAGAUGGUCUUGGUCAGUUUUGAAGCUUAGCUUCCUUUCUUCUUUUUAGUAGAUUUUAUUAAAAUAAAACCUUUCAAUACACUUCUAUGGGUGAUCACUCCAAGACUAGUUGACAAGAACUCAACAGCUUGCCCUGGAAUGAGCUUAACUACCUCCUCUGUGUACUUUAUACGAUGGGACCCUUCCUCCCUAGCAAACCUCCAUAGCCUACUUGUUUUUAAGUUUGAGUCAGUGCACGGUAACAGGCCAGUGUGUCCUGAUGAGUCUGUGCUGCCCAAUUACACCCAUGUAACCUAUUAACCUUCUAAACCUGUACAUCUCUGGGAUGUGGGAGGAAACCAUAGCACCUGGAGGAAAGCCACACUGUCACAGAGAGAGUGGACAUACUCCUUACGGACAGCAGCGGCAAUUUAACCCAGGUCGCUGGCGUUGUAAAGUGUUACUAACCACUAUCUACUGUGCCACCCAGUACUUAAUGGUACACAGAAAAGGAAAAGGUUCGGUGCACUCUUGGAAAUAAUUCAGUCUCAUUGGCUGGACAAAUGCUGAUUAAUGAUUUGCAUCGCCUCAUCUUUGAACUUGAAUAAUAUUAUGUCUGCUGAUUAUCUCUUGGACUGUUGAUGGGCAGGGUUAGUGGUUGCUAGGUCAGCAGCAUUAUAACAAAACAGAGCCACACUUCACCCGGGAUUAUCUUUGAUAAUAACUUGAUUUUUUUUUAAUAGACAUUUGAUUUUAUUUCUUUCUCAUGAGGAACCCUUAAGCAUUGGGUGGUUGUGAAGGAAUGAUGUGGUUCCCAAUUGUUCACGGGUACUUUGCGCUCUUAAUGAUCGGUUAACAGGAAAGAGUGUGCUUUACAAGCUGUCUGCACCAAACCAAGAGGGAUGUUUCAGUUCCAUAAUAGCUUAUUGCUAGAAAGAGUUGUUAAUUUACAGGGAGUCUCUGUUAAUACUGGAUGUAAUAUAACUUCUUAAUGUCAUACAUUGCAUUUCACAAUAAGAAAAUUGUAAAAUAAAAGUGUGAACAUUCACUGAACCUUUGUGCCUUUUGUUAUUUUUAGCGCAAGUGUUGAGCACAUCAGGGGCAUAGGCUACCAAGAGUAGCUUGCCAGGGUCCUCUGUCCUGAGCUGGUUUUGCAUGCUUUCCUGAGGUGUAUCCUUCCUCUCCCAGAGCUUUAGAGAUUCUGUUAGUGCUUCUGUAGCACUGGGUUUUUACGGGGUGGAGUUGCUAGCCCCCAUGCCCAACCCUCCUUUCACAGCCAGGCUUGCGAAUAUCCACGGUGGAGUUUGUUAUGUUUAGGCUUUUCCUUAUUGCAUAAUGCUGACUGUUUUUGCAGUUUUGCAUCAUAUGUGUUUUUGUCACUCUUCAGUGCUACAUAUGCAAAGUAAUGCAAAAGAGCAAAUUAAUGAUUCACCAUGUCUUAGCUUAACAUGGGGGAAAACAACACCCUUAGAAGUAUAUAACAUGGCUUGGCAAUAUUAUUGUUACAUAGAUCAGGUCAUUUAUAAGACCAUUAAAAUGUAGGAGCAGAAUUGGGCCAGUCAGCCCAUCGAGUCUGCUCCACCGUUCCAUCAUAGCUGAUUUAUCUCCCUGUUACCUCCCUGUAAAGUUUGACACCGUGGCUAAUUAAA